GCCAUCUCUUCUGAUAACACAGUGUUUGUGGCUGCCUUCCACUGUGUGAAGAAAUUCACUCUUGAGGGUCGGUUCAUAGCAUCAGUGGGUUCAAAGGGAAGUGGACGACUGCAGUUCGACACACCAUUUGCCAUAGCCUACAACCACACCAACAACAGAGUGUAUGUCUGUGACACUCUCAACCAUCGCAUCACAAUCCUCAACCAUGACUUUACAUUCCAUGGCAGCUUUGGUAGUACGGGAAGUAAGGCAGGUCAAUUCAACAAGCCUGAGGGAAUAUCUGUCAGUAGAAAUGGAAAUGUAUUAGUAGCUGACUUUAGCAAUAAUAGAAUUAAGAUUCUUGAUGCUAAUGGAUAUCACCUAUCAUCCAUCACUAACACUGGAGCAGGAGAGAGACUAGGGACGACCACUCAGUGUGGCAGUUGGACCUGAUGACUGGGUGUAUGUGGUUGAAUACAGCUGUGAUAGAGUAUCAGUAUUUGAUGAGAAUGGCAAGUACAUCAUGUCAUUUGGGAAGGAAGGGGACAAAGACGGAGAGUUCAAAUACCCAUUUGCCAUAGCUGCCAGGGAUGACGGCCACAUCUACGUCAGUGACACCGACAACAAUCGAGUUCAAAUAUUCAAGUGAAACGCCUCUCACACAACACAAUGCUAAUACAAAGAAGCUACCAUAGGAACGCAAACACUCACAUUAGAAUUAACAUUAUCUGUGAUGCAUUUAUACCUUUACACUGCCUGUGUCUGUGUAAUAAUAUUGCCACAUCAUGCACUUGCUAUUU